CCUUUUUAUAUAAAAAUAUAUAAAUAUAUACAUAUAUUCGUAUACAUAUACAUUUCAAUGCAUCACGGUAAACAUUUGCGUCGAUUGAAUCGCCCUUCAGGACAUAGAAAAGCAUUACUUCGUAAUCUUGUAUCUUCACUUAUUGAACAUGGUCGUAUUGAAACUACAGUUGCAAAAGCAAAGACCAUUCAGCCCAUAGCCGAUUCCAUGAUCACUCUUGGUAAAAAGGGAGACGUUGAAGCAAAGAGAAAGGCACUUGGAUAUCUUAAUAGCCGAGAUGUCACUAUACCUAAAUUAUUUGAAGAGCUUGCACCUCGAUUUGCUAAUAGACAAGGAGGAUAUACACGUAUACAAAGAAUAGGCAAAAGAUACGGUGACAAUGCACCGAUGGCAGUUAUUGAAUAUAUUGACGGACCUAAUGACCUUAAACGAGAAAUGAUAACUUCAACUUUGGCUAAUAAAUUUAAAUCGACAUCAACUGUAUCUGUCACUGAGCUUUUGAAUGAUGAACAAAAGGUGAAGGAUCUUGGGCUGUCAAAAUCACUUAUUCGAGAUUUGAAAAAGGUUCAGUUUUCAAAUUCAAUAGAAAGCAUUGAAAAUGAAGUUCAAAACAAGAUGGUCAACAAUUUAUAGUUUAUAUAUGUAUAUAUUAUUUUAUUGAAUAAAAAGAAUAUAUAGAUUUA